AUGGCCGAGAGAAAGCAACCGAACGGAACGGGGGCUGGGAACGGACAAGUGACCAUGUCCGAAUACAAGAAGGCGCAAGCCCGAGUUCGGGAUCUGGUUGAGAAGCGUAGAAUGCUGGAGCGACGCUUGACGCAAGUCGAAGAUGGAAUCGCCCAGAAAGAGACCAACUACCUCGACAGCACACCGAGCGGCAACAUCAUCACAGGUUUCGACAACUAUAUGAAGGGUAUGAGCGGCGCGGCAGCGCAGCGACGAAAGGCUGGACCGAUGGAGCAGAACCGGGUCUUUUCGCGAUCAUCCAUCUCAUACCGACCGAACAACUUAGAGGGCAUCACGCCAGGAUCAGGAGGGUCAACACCAGCUGGCGCGACACCAUCAUCUGCGGCUUUCCGAGACGGACCCUCGAACCAUCCCACACCGACGUCUACAACAGCGGCUAAGAACGCCAGCAAGACCAAGAAGAAGACUGUUGAGCCUGAGGAUAGCGAAAACGAUACAUCGACGAGUAAGAAGCGAACAAACUUUGGAGCGCAGCGCAAGUAG